UUCUGUUUACGAAACUAAAAGCUGUUAGUUAACUAUUUCGUCGUGACAAAGUCACAGGCGUCAGCCACUUUAAUAUAAAUCAAUACAAGCUAUCAUGCGCGCUGUAGCCGAUCUGACAGUUUCAACCCUCCAAACAAUGUUCGCGAUUCUGCCUGCGAUGUUCCAGUGAAAAAACAACACAAAUGUUUGAUAGAACUAAGCAAUGUAAUUUUUCACACAAAAUGAUGAUUCGCCUAAACAAUUUUUUGUACGUUUUCAAUUUGCGUCAAGGCACAAUUCUUAUUGCCGUCCAUCAAAUCGCGCUGUCAUCUUUCAUUUUAAUAAUACUAUUAGUGGGCAUCUCUCAUGUGGGUGAAAUGCUAUCUAUGCUCCAUAACGACAUGGAAGACGACGCAGAGAGGCAUGGGUUCUACGAAGUAGCCUAUGGAGACCAGACGUCAUUCCAUGAAGGCGAAGUGAUAAGCACUAACAAUCAACGCAGAUUUGCUAAGGCACAAAAUCUUGCUUCAGUGACGGUAAUAUUCCUAUACACAAGCACCAUUCUGACUUCAAUCUACCUGAUGUGCUGCAUCUCGCUACUUCACGGAGCGAUCCGGUACAAGCGGGAGUACGUCCUACCAUGGAUCAUGGCUGCGUGUAUUGGUGUUGUGCUGCUGAUCAUUGCUAUCGUCGUGGGGGACGGGUACCCGUGUGUCGUUAACAUUUUUGGAGGGCAUAAUCUAUACCAUUUUGGCUGCGCACUUUUUGUGUUAACUUUCAUCUAUGCCAUCUGCGCGGUAAGUAGUUUCGCCCUCGAGACCGGCGGUGGACGGUGUGCACGCGCUACACGGGCUGCCAAUGACGAACGCGGUGAGAGGCUUCUGUUGCUGGAUCACGCAGCCCACUCCAGCUUGCUAUCUGCUGCACAGCUUAACAAACUAUCGCACGGUACACGAUCACAGUUCGUGUAAAGUCGUAACGGUUCAGAUACAUCACUAGUGACGCGAUGUCCUAACAAAAUCUGCAACGAGUUAAAAAAUGCACAGCAGAACAUGCGCAUCAAACGCAUAUUCGAAUGUCACACCUCAACACGUUGCAUCGCUUGGAUUUGUCUGAAACGUCAGUGGCUAUUCUUGUAGGGAUGCAAAAUACGUAAUAUAUUAAGAUACAUCGAUGGUUUAGUUAAACAAAAAACAUCCAUAUCUGUCGUGAAACAACUAUAUAAUCGAUGUUCCAUUUAGCAAACAUGAAAUAGCUCUAUUUUUAAUCUUAGUGUAUAUAACAUGCCGCAGCCGUAUUGUAUAAAGAGCCGUAUUUACAUUAGGGCUAGCCGGUUUGCAAAACGGCGCGGGGCUAUUUUCUAAUACGGUUACCUCGUAUUCGGCCGGUUUGCAAUUCGCCUACAAGUACGCCACAUUGUAAUAAUAACAUGUGGCGUUUUACAAAGCGGCUAAGAAAUGUGCCGCCGGAAUACAAUAGGGCGCGUCAUUGUUACGCUUCUUUGAGAUAUUUAGUUCCAAAUAUAGCUACCAGUAGCGCUGCAUUAUCGUAACAACAAAUGAUGAUUCAUAAUCAGGGUGCCAUAUUCCCUAUGAACAAUACGGCUAAACAUUGGCCGCCUCUUCGUAGAACGUAUCGUGAUCACAAUCCGGAUGAGGUAGCCGUAUUAAAAAACAGCGCCGUUAUGCAAAGCGGUUAUGUAAUGUGGCACUUUAUACAAUACGGCUGCGACUUAAACAUUCAACCACAUGUCACAGUAUUAAAAUUGCAAAUGUUAACGUUAUGUAGCAAACACAAUUUAAUAUUUUUACACACUAGGUAUAUCCUAUCAUACUGCUUCAACUAUAUUAUAUAAUGAACUAUAUUAUGCGCUACUGAAUUAUGAUUUUUCUAGAGAACAUUAUAGAAACUUCGUCCAUACACACACAACAGGUAGUAUAGGUACAGUAGUGGGCCAUACAUACCUAAAUUGCUUAUAACAUACAAGCUGUUUAAAAUUAUGCCUUGCAUAAUUUACACAGCAUUCGAAUAUACAGUUUUUGAAAACUUACAGUUUCUAAAGCCUAACCAGUGAUUAUGUGCACAUAUAAUAAAUACCCUUUUUCACUCACAAUAUUAAAAAAAACAAUAUUGUAAUAUAAAUAGUAUCUCCGAAAUGUUUUAUUAACACCAAUAUCCUUUUUUGAUAUUGAAUCAUCGAUGUUUUUCAUUUCAAUUUUUGCAUCCUUAAAUUCUUUUAAACUGUCAUUAUUUCUUAUGGUACUGGCUAAGUCUGUAAAGCAGUGGUAUCGUUGCCUUAACUAAUUGGUGUUCAAAAUGGUAUGAAGAAUUUGUCCAGUUUUCAGACUUCGCUCAUAAUCCUCCCAAAGGUCUAAAAUGCUAUCUUUGGUUGUGUAAAUGCACAAGCAAAGUAUUGUCAAUGUAAGACAAUGUUUAGUAGUAGGUAACUAGUAUUAAGUGCACAGCUUGUUAUAAGGAUAAAAAUUGUAUAUAUUGGUUUUCCUUCAGUAUGAUAAGAACAAUGCUUUUAUUGUACCCUUCACAGUAAAUAUGAAAGAUCAAGGCAACCAUGGUAAAAAUUGAACAUAUAAGCCCAAAAAAUAUAUAGUGCAUAAAUAGUAGGUACAUGUUUAGAUAUUAUGUAUUUAAUGAUAUUACCCUAUUCAUUGUGAUAUUUUACUAUAACAAUCUAUAAGAAUUAUAUUCAAUAAAACUGGUACAAAAGUGUAUGUAAAUUAUCAUGGAAAUCAGAGUAGAAAAAUAUUAAGCUAUGUAUAAUUUAUUAUGUAAUUUGGUAUAUAGUUUCAAUAUUGUGUUAAUUAAUG